GUGUAAUAGGGCUUUCCAAAAACUUUUGGGAUUUAAGUAUGAAUGUAUAAAAGAAAUCUUUCGCAAUCAGCAAAUGAACAAGGAUGACUUCUCUCAACAUGUCAACCGUCAUUACGGAGGAAAUGCAGCACAUGUCACAGAUGGUGUUUGUGGGAUUCUGCAGCAAACUUGGAACGUCAGAACAGGUGACAAUGAGGAGAGAUGUAGGUGAUUUCAGUGAAUUGAUGAUGAUUUUGUUCAGUGAAACAAAUCCCGAAUUUCGUGUAAUGUUUAGUGGGAGCCAUAAAGAAGGAUUCCGCCUGAACGAGUCUGACAGGGAUAUAAUGAUCUCCCUUGAUAACUAUCGAGUCACGUGGGAUUUAUCACAGACUCAGCGUUAUAGCAGACAUACACUGGUUCUUUCUGACUGCUCCAAAAGCCCACCAGGAUUCACGCUCCUCCAGUUGCUCUUACCAGCCGUAACAACAACACAAAUUUGGUCAGCAUGCUUUUCCAUGCAUGGAAAAUUAUAUAUCUCUAGCUCCAGAUUCCGAAAUACUAUGUAUUUACCGUCGAGGCCUGAUUCCCAUGCUCAUGGACCUUGUAGGAGUGGAACUUUCAAAGGAGUAGAUUUUGAGAUUUUGACGAUAUAUAUAUAUAUAUAUGGAGACAUAAUCUUCAUGUUUUAUCCUCACAGUCAUGUUGGUGGUGAAACCAUCUUAAUCUCCACACAUGAGCUGGGUUUUCAUGAUCUUUUGCCAAGGAAACACAAAAUACCAGGAGCUUUCUGUAUCCCCCAUCAGGGAUUUGCCCUACACAUAUUGGGGGCCUUCAGGCGGCCCCCAGACCCCUUUCCCGAUCGAAGUUAUCCACGCCCCCAUAUUAAAUGA